AUGGCUUCCUCCCAGACAUCGACGCUCGAGAAGAUGCAUAGAGAGAAGCUGGAGGCCUUCGAAGCCGCUCGGGUGGACGGACGGGUCUCCGAGGAAGAAGCGGACUACCUGCUGAGGGUGGCACCCAUGCUGAUGGAGUACGAGGAAGAAAGGGUGCGGAUGAGGAAAGCGAAGGGACCGCCAUCCGGCGCGGUGAAGAAGCGAGGCGGGGGCAUCCUCGGCUUCCUCGAGGGCACUUCGGAGAUGGAAGGGGAGGGCAUAGGGUCGAUCAACCUGAGGUACAUGGCGGAGGUGCUGCCACCCCACACCAAGGAACACAACGAAGCCAUGAAGUCGCUGCGCAACAUGUCGAACCGGAAGGAUCCGCAUGCAGACGGAGGGAUGUGUGAGGCGUGCCGAGUGCCUUGCCUGACCGUCCCGGACGAGGGCAGCAUAGUGUGUCCCGAGUGCGGUACGUCUAGGGACGACCUCGAGUGCGGGCGGACGGGCCUGACGUACGACCAAGAGAUGAAUCGGAACGUGGUGCCCUCCUUCUCGUACAAGAGGGCCGUGCACCUGUUGGAGUGGCUCGCCCGGAUCCUGGGCAAGGAGUCGACGGUGAUCCCCGACGACGUGAUCGCGAAGGUCAGGGCCGAAUUCAAGAAGUGCCGUAUCUCGAGCACCGACGAGAUCACGCCGAAACGGGUCCGCCACUUCCUGAAGAAACUGGACUUGUCCCAGUACUACGAGCACUCGGUCUCCAUCUGCCGCGUAUUGGGAGUGGACCCCCCGAGGGUGCCACCGGAGGUGGAGGAGAAGAUAGUCAUAAUGUUCGCGGCCGCCCAGGAGCCCUUCGAGAGGCACGCGCCGAAGGACAGGUCGAAUUUCCUCUCGUACGCGUACACUCUGUACAAGUUCUUCGAGUUGCUGGGGCAGGAUCACAUCUUGUCGUACCUGCCGCUCCUCAAGAGCCGAGCGAAGCUGAAGACGCACGACGAGUGCGAUGGGGCUUGGAAAGACGCGGUGGUGAAGCUGAGCGGUUCUGCGCAGACCGUUUACACCCUCACCGUGAGUUCAAACGGUGCGCUGAGGUGCGAUUGCCCGGACUCCGAGGGACGGUGUCGCUACAACGGGUGCUUGUGCAAACAUAUAUGUUUUCUCCUCGUGAGGGUGUGCAAGCUCGCCAUCGACCACACGUCCGACCACAUUUUCUCUGAACGACGCCUUUGUGGACUUCGACUGGCGGCUGCAAGAAGUCGGCUCGAGGGGAUCGCGGCGGGUCAUGCGCGCUUGGAUUCCGAUCUGGUGGACACGAAUCUCACCGGGAAGUACGAGAGUAUCGUCUCGGGAGGAGAAGACGCCCUCGAUUGCUUCGCCGCGGCACCACUCGAAACGGGAGAGGAUGGAGAGACGGAGUGUUCGAUAUGCUACGAUACCCUCGCAAAGGCGACGACGCCUGCGACGGCUGCCCAGACGCAGACGACGAGCCCUGUCGUUCCGACGUCGACGGUGCUCCCGAUCUCUCCGACAUCAUGCAUGGCCGCCGUAGACUGCAAGGCCGCUUCGCAACUCGCUCUCCAACACUACACGUCAGUCACCGGCGCACCGCAGGGGACGACGAUCUCCAGAGUCGUGGGUUCCUCGGAUCCUACGGUGUGCAGCUUCGCGUUCGACGUCCCGGGCUCCAAGACGGUGACCGUCGACCUGCUGGGCCGCAAGACGAAUCUGCAGGUCCCGAUCCCGGCGGACGAACGUCGGUUGGUCUUCACCAGAGACUCCAAGUCUUGCGCGCCGACCGGCGUCACCGACAUGGGAGGUCCCGGCUCUGGUUUCAUGGUACAUAACCUCAUUCCCGGCACGCUCAGCCUCGGCGGUAUGUGUGCGGUCCCUCGAGACGGGCGCACGUCGGCCGGGAUCCCCGUCGAGUUCCAGCCGUGCGACGCCUAUUCUCCCGCCCAACUCUGGGCUUUCGACCCGUCGACGGGCCAACUGCAACCACAGGCCGACCGGUCGUAUUGCCUGGACGUCGCUAACGUGAGCAGAAACAACGGCGCGAAAGUCCAACUCUGGUCGUGCAACGAGACGGCGGGCCAGGUGUGGAGCUACGACGAGACGAAGGGCGAGGUACGGAGCGGGAUCAGGCCGGGCUUCUGUCUGGAUGCCCCGGGGGCGAACAGCUCGAAGGGAACGCAGCUGGGGGUGUGGGAUUGCAACGGCGUCGUCGCAGCCCAGAGGUUCGCGACCGCUCUCUUUCACUGA